CAUACAAGCACAAACUUACUGAACCUAAAUCUCAAUAGUCUGGCUAUGGAUGCUGAGUGUUUGGAGUGUGUGUCCGGUGUGCAACCUGAGCUCACCACUGCAGAGGAGGAAGGAUGCAGGGAGAGAGAUGAUGAGACUGUGGGCAAUGAAGAGGGAAACCAGCAGCAGGAUGCACAGAGCUGUGAGCUUCCAGAAACCCUCCAGCUACGGGACAGUCAGAAAGACCUCACAUGUGAUUUCAAACAAUCUCUCCAAACCUACAAAAAAUGGUCUCCCAGCAUCUACUCCAAUUAUAGCAAAGAGCACGUAUGGUUUGCAGGCUACGAAAUUACCAUUACGGAAUCCAUUGAAGGCUACGGAGGACUAAUCUGGCCAGCAGCUAGAGCGCUGUGUGAGUAUCUGGAAAAAAGCCAAGAAGAAUUUAAUUUGAAAGACAAGAAAAUACUUGAACUUGGUUCUGGAACCGGCCUGGUAUCCAUUGUCGCAUGCAUUCUAGGAGCGCAAGUUACUGCAACCGACUUAGAUGAAAUUACUGGAAACCUCAGAGUUAAUUUAUCAAGAAAUACGCAAGGGAGGAGAAAGUAUCAGCCGGAAGUAAAAGCAUUGCUGUGGGGACACGAUCUUGAACAUUUUUCUUGUCCAUAUGAUUAUGUUAUUGCAGCUGAUGUAGUCUACCACCAUACAGAUCUUAUUGAUUUACUGGAAACUUUAAAAUAUUUAUGCCAACCUGGCACAGAGAUAAUAUGGGCCAAUAAAUUUAGAUUUCCUACAGAUUUUGACUUUCUCUCACAAUUCUGUAUCACAUUUGAUACAGAACUUCUUGCCGAGUUCCCAGAUUAUGAAGUUAAAAUCUUAAAAGCAAAACAUAAAAAGGUUGAGUAA